CGGCAAAGACAGGACUGACUAUCAAAACAAAACAAAAGUAUUUUUAAAUUCGAAAAUGUCGAGUGUUCUCGCAGGAACAGAAGCCGGUAAUGGAAAUCCAACGACUUGGCAUCGAUGGUGUCGACUGUGCGCCAAGGAUCAUCCGAUGAACCGGAGUGUGUUCUCCAGGGAGGACAGACAGAACUCCUGGACGAGCAUGCUGGCAAUGACCAUUGGCAAAUACUUUUGGGUGGAUAUUAAAAGGGAGGACGAGCACAGCAAUUAUCUGUGCGACGAAUGUUUCACUUUGAUGGAUUGCCUCAUAGAAUUCUCGGAAAGGGUACGCAAGGUACAAACCCUUUUCAACAGAUUGCAGACCUUAAAGCCGGAUAUUAUGGUUGAUUUUGAGAAGAUACGAGCGGAUUGUGGCUUGGUCACCGAUGAAUGGAAACAUAUGAUGUCCAGGGCAGUAGAACUGCCGCCUCUUCCGAAGCAGGAAGAAUUUGUUGAUGUGGAUCAAGAAAUCGCUGGGGAACCAAACGAUGAAAUUCUGUUGAGACCCAGUUUAGAAGUGGAACAGCAUUUUGAUCAGAAACAGGAAUUGGGUGAUGAGGAGGUACAAAUCGCUGGACAAGAACUGCAAAUCACUGAAAUAGAAGAGGGAAUCAUGGAGGACGGUGAGAACCUGGCAGAGGAAGAGGUUGAAACUGUAGAGGAGGAGGUCGAACCCCACGAAACCUCUGAUUGCUUAGUGGAGGAAGAACUUAUCCCUGAUGAAGACUAUAUCGAGGAGUCGGAAAUAAUAGAAGAAAGCCAAGUUGAAGACUUCCACAUCGAAACUUACGAAGUUAUUUCCCAUAAACCACAAGCAGAACCCACAAAAAACAUCGAGGAAUCCAUGGAGUCCGAAGACGAUCCCCAGGUGUCGCAUAUAAUAGAAGAAACCCAAGUUCAAGACUUCCACAUCGAAACCUACGAAGUUAUUUCGCAAAAAUCACAAGCAGAACCCGCAAAAACAGAGGACAUCGAUGGAUCCAUGGAGUCCGAUGAAGAUCGCUCUCCAGAGCAUCUUAUAGAGGAUGAGGUUGAAAUUCCGGAGGAACCAGCCAUCUACAAAUGCAGCAUUUGCAAUAAACCGUAUAAGAAACCCAAAGCCUACAAGCGACACAUGGAAGAGGUUCACAACACCGUGCCGAAGGACUUACCCCAGUUAGAAUGCAACCAGUGUGGACUCUCUUUCUCCUCGGUUUCCCAACUGCACGCCCACUAUCGCUCCCAUUUGCCCGCCAAAGUAAAGCCAGAUAACUCCUGUCCCCACUGCGAAAAAGUUUUUACCACCCCAGGAACACUCAAGCGACACAUUGAUGGGGUCCACAAGCAGAUCAAGCCCUAUGUCUGCGACCUCUGCGGCAAGAGCUUUAACUAUAUUACUGGAUUAAAAGAUCACAAACUGGUACACACCGAAGAGUGUCCCUUUGAGUGUCCCGUGUGCAAGCGACGCUUUAAAAACAAGGCAAGAUUAAAGAUUCAUUCGGAUACGCACAGUGAACAAAACUAUGAGUGUACCAUAUGCGGCGUAAAACUUAAGACCCGUCGCACCUUUAACAAGCACAAAUUGGUGCACUCGGAUGAACGGCUGUAUAAAUGUGAUGUCUGUGGAUCGGCGUUCAAGCGAAGCAAGACACUUAAGGCGCAUCUUAUCCUGCACACCGGCAUCCGGCCGUAUAAGUGCAACUUUUGCGGAAGAGACUUCACCAACGGCUCCAAUUGUAGAUCGCACAAGCGCCAGUCGCAUCCCAAGGAACUGGCCGAGGAGGAAUCUCGCGGGGUGUCCCGUUCCACUCUACUUCCCAUGCUGGAAGAACUGACCAAGGCGUCCAAGCUCAUAAAAACACCCGCAAAGCCCAGCAAAACGAAAGGGAGUAGGCCGAAAGUUUCGCCUAAAAAGCCAGAAUGUACACCUGAAACUACCACCAAGGACACCGAUGGUGCCAUCCUCUACGAACUCGUCGAGGAGCUUGAUUACUCCUAAGUAUUGCAAUAAACUUUAUUUAAAAACAG